GUUCAACACUUUUCGUCACCAUGAGCUCUUUAUCAGUUAUGAGUCUCAUAACAAAAUUAGCUGCUAUUAUUGCUGGGAUAUUCACGCAGCCAACAGUUUAUCCUACGAGUGUUAUGCCUCAGGAUACAAUCGUCGACUUCAUCGUAGUGGGCGCAGGCUCGGCGGGCAGUGUGGUGGCUGGUCGACUCUCCGAGGUGCCGGAAUGGGAGGUGCUGGUGUUGGAGGCCGGAGGACAACCUCCCUCGUUCACGAAAAUUCCGUUCCUACAUUUUGCUUCUGAAUUUCCGAACAUAUCUUACGUCAACAAGUAUCCGACAAUUGCUCCAAAAUACUCUAGUCAAUUUGGCGUGUUAACUGAUCCAAGGUACACCACGGGAAAAAUGGUCGGAGGAUCAGGCGCCAUCAACCAGAUGAUACACAACCGAGGCAACCCCCAAGAUUACGACAAUUGGGCCCAGUUAGGAAACCCAGGCUGGGACUGGGAAACAGUUUUGAAAUAUUUCAAGAAAACUGAGGAUUACCGAAGUCCCAUGAAGCCUAGAGAUGCACCAUUCCGUGGGAUCGGCGGUCCUAUGAGUGUGCAGAAACUUGGCUGGAUGCCGCCGGUUGGUAGACUUGCUAUACAGGCUGGCAUGGAGGUGGGGUUACCGGAAAUCGACUACAACACAGAUACAAAAAUCGGUAGCAGUAUUUUACAGCUAGCAACGCGUAAUGGCGAGCGAGUGUCUUCGGCAGAUGCAUUUUUAAAGCCAAACAUGCAGCGCAAAAACCUGAAGCUACUAGUCAACUCUCAAGUUAUCAAGAUCCUACUGAAUAAGAACAACGAUGCAAUAGGAGUCAAAUACGUUCAUGAAAAUAAGGUGAAGCGAGUGUUCGCUAGGCGGGAGGUGAUAAUAUCAGCAGGUGGCGCUGACACUCCCAAGCUGCUGAUGCUGUCGGGGAUCGGACCGCGGGAGCAACUACGCAAGCAUGGGAUUGAUACUCGCGUGGACUUGCCAGGUGUAGGGCAGAAUUACCAAGACCAUGUAGGUCUCCGAGGAAUAAGUUGGACCAUCCACCCAAAUAUAUCGUCUUCAAUUUUUGAACGGAUCAGCCCGUCGGCGAUGCUGCGCUAUCAGAACAGUAGGGACGGUCCGUUGAGUGUUCCUCUCGGUAUCUGCGCAUCGUAUUUGCUGAAUGUCCACAAUCCAGAUGAGCCAACUGUUCCGGACAUUCAAGUGUUCCUGAUAUGUGCGCUUGACGGACAAGACUAUGGUCUUUUCUCCUUGAACGGCUACCAAGAAUCAGUCCGAGAAUAUUAUCGACCGACGCUGGGCAGAGAUGGAUUCUUCAUGCUUCCGAUGCUGUCCAGACCGAAGAGCGUCGGGACGGUGACUCUCAAGUCUAGGAAUCCCUUCGAUCCGCCCGUCCUGGACCCCAACUGCCUCAGUCACCCCGACGACGUCGAGCUGAUGGUCAAAGCUGCCAAGGCUUCACUGAAGUUAGGGAAUGCCAAGAUCUUCCGUAGGGCGCUCGGAGCAGAACCUUUCAAAAAACCAAUUCCUGGCUGCGCGCAUCUUGAGUUCCAGUCCGACGACUACUGGAGAUGUUUCGUGCGCGGCAUGGCGGGUGCGAUGUCGCACAUCAGCGGCACCUGCAAGAUGGCUCCAGACUCCGACCCCAUGGGGGUGGUGACGCCGCGGCUCAUCGUGCGAGGUGUCAGGAAUUUACGCGUCGUGGACGCGUCAAUCAUGCCCCAAAUAGUUUCCGGUAAGCGCAACAAGAAGGGGGAGUCAGGCAUUCUGCUGGCCAACAUCGAGGAGCUCUUCCCACAAAGAGCGCGUAAUAAGACUGGCGUGCUGAGAGAGAUGGUCGACGAAGGGUUAUUCCCCAGAAAGGACUGGCAGGACUUUAUUUCCAGCAUCGAAGAACGGAUUUUAUUGGAGCACCAUCACCGCCUUGUGGUCCUGCUGGAGGAGGGAGCUGGCGUGGACGUAGUAUAUAGGUACCUGGACUUCGCUAAAGCUCUUGACAAAGUUAACCAUUGGGUGCUCUUCAGAAAGCUGAAGCUGUUGGGGGUAGGAGGAGGAAUUUCUUUACCAUCAGAGUAUAAGCUGUCGCAAUUGGAAACUCGAAAUCGAGAGAAGCGAGAGUGA